UACUUUUAAGCAUGAUGCAAAGAUCACCACCCAAACAACACUCCUCAAAUCCGGACCUAAGCACUACAAACGAAACACUAUCUAAUGUCUCAAUACGGAAAAGAAAGCAGCCAGACAAUGAAAUUUUAGAAGAAAUAAAAAACAUGCAGACGAGCUUCACACAAGCUCUACGAGACCUCCGACGGGAUCUGGAUGCUAAAUUUGAAAAUAUUGCAGACAGUAUUCAAACAGUGAGAAGUGACCUUGAAAAUUACCAGUCACAAAUUAAAAAGGACAUUGAUGAUCUUCGCUGUGAAAAUAAUACUAUGAAAAUUAAAGUCGAAAAUCUUACUAAAGAAGUGUCAGACCUACAAGAAUCUACGCAGUUUAUCUCUAAUCAGCAGGAUGAAUUCGGAAAAUAUGUUGGGAAGAUCUCGGAGUACACAAAGUCAGUGGACGAGCACGAACAAACCAUCAUAACUCUCACAUCUAAGAUAGACAACCUGGAGCAGCAGGCUAGACAAUGCAAUAUCGAAAUUUCCAAUUUACCAGAAAAAAGAGAUGAAAAUCUCUUGAGUUUAAUUGAAUCCAUUGGCACCCAAAUAGGAUGUGUCAUCAAUCGCCGUGACGUUGUCUCCAUACAUCGUGUUCCUCAUGCUUCACAAAAUAAUAAACCAAAGAAUGUUAUAGCGAAGCUAACUUCUCGUAUUCUGCGUGAUAACGUCCUUGGCAGUUAUCGUAUCAAGAAGGGAUUAUUGUCAACUGAUCUUGGAUUUUCGGGUGCUCCACAUAAUAUCUAUCUCAAUGAGCACCUUACUCUACGAAAUAAAAAGCUUUUUCGAAGUGCACGUGAAGCGGCUAACCAAAACAAUUUUAAAUUUGUGUGGGUUAAGCACUCCACAAUACUUGUGCGCGCUUCCGAAAACUCCCCCGUCAUCGCCAUACGCACUGAACAGGAUAUUAAAAAGAUUCAGAAUGCGGGAACAACAACUACUACUUAUAAGCCUAGGAACAGUUUGUCUUCAAAUUAAUAGUUUAUUAUUUUAUUGUACUACUGAAAUACACUUCUUAAGUCUCGUUUAUCUUGGGCAUACAUUUUAUUUAAUGCUUAAUUAUAUUUGUACACAUUAUGUUGAAGAGGCAUUCCGUUACUUAUACAGGUUUACUGUUUUAUUUCUUUUCUAUGUGUGGUGUUUAACUAUUUUAUCAAAUAAUAUUCCUUUAUUACCAUUUUUAACAGUAUCGACUUCAAAAUGACACAUAAUCUAAGCGUGUACUAUCAGAAUUGCAGAGGGAUACGAACAAAACUACAAACAUUAUUUAUGAACAUCUUGUCUUGUGACUUCGAUAUUAUUGUAAUAACAGAAACCUGGCUAAUCCCGGAAAUUUCAGACUCUGAAUUUAUAGACCAGCGGUAUGUAACUUUUCGAUGUGACAGAGACCGAAAUGCUACAUCAAAGAUGGACGGCGGUGGAGUGAUGAUCGCUGUUCUGCGUUCUUUGAAUCCCGUUUAUGUUUUGUCUUCGCCAACGGUUGGUGAUUCCCGAUAUCUGGAACACGUACUAGUCUGCAUACCCAGCUCUGAUCGCAAUAAACGACAUAUUAUCAGUGCUGUUUAUAUUAGCAAUAAUUCACCAACGUCGGUUUAUGAAGAUUUCUUCAAGGGAUUAUUAGAUAUAAUUAAUGACCCCUACACAGACACGUACUUAUUGCUGGGGGACUACAAUAUACCGAAGGCUAAUUGGAUAACAAACACGCGUAACAAUCGUUUAAUUUGCACAGGAACCUCUGCAACUUGUUUAAGUAUUCGUAACUUCAUGACUCUCUGUGCUGCUUCUCAAUACAACUUUUUAAAAAACUGUCAUCAAAGGACACUAGAUCUCUUGAUAUCCAACACAAACUGCUCUGUCUUACCGGUCACUGUACCCUUGCUCAAAUUGGAUGACUACCACCCCGCAUUCAGUACAAUACUCACAAUUGACAUCAAAAUAAUUUCGAAAAUGACAAGAAAAAGCUUAACAAAAUACAAUUAUAGGAAAGCCGACUAUGAAAACAUCAACCGAGCGUUAACAGAAAUUGAUUGGAAUUCGUUAUUAGUAAACCUACCAGCUGAAGAGGCCCUUGAUAACUUCUACGAAGUAAUAUACAGUAUUAUUAGAGAGCACAUCCCACAGUCUCAAUCGAAAAAUUCUCAUUUUCCAAUUUGGUUUUCAAAAUCACUAAUACACAUGUUCAAAAACAAAAAUAAAUACUGGAUUAAAUGGAAGGUUUAUAACAAUAAAUAUGACUAUCACAUAUACUCAUUAUACCGCGACAGAUUCCGUCGUGAAUGUAACAAAAAUUACACAAAAUACAAAAAGUAUGUAGAGGAUAGUAUAAGGAGAAACAUAAAAAAUUUCUGGAUUUACAUAAAUAAUCGCAAAGAAAAACCUAGUCUGCCAGCAAAAAUGUAUUAUGAGGAUCGGAGCUCUAGCGACCCAUAUGAAAUUUGUAACUUGUUCUCAUUGUUUUUUAAGUCUGUUUAUGAAACGUCAACUUUCAAUCCUAUCUCGUGGAUACCGGGUAGGGAAUUUGCUGAUAAUAGCGAUGUAUUAUGUAAUCUUUAUGUCGAUACUGAUAAAAUUAAUCAUCAGUUAAAAUCCAUUGACGCUACAAAAGGCCCGGGCCCAGAUGGUCUGCCGCCAAUGUUCAUAAAAUGCAUAGCAAAAUCGCUUGUACAUCCACUACAUAUCAUUUAUAACAAAUGCUUGUAUGAAGGUAUCUUUCCCAUCAGAUGGAAAUGCGCUAACAUUAUACCUGUAUACAAAAGCGGGACAAAGCAAAACAUUGAAAACUAUAGGCCGAUAUCGAUUCUUUGCGCACUGGCCAAGAUAUUCGAAAAGUUAGUCCAUAAUGAGGUAUAUCCGGUCUUAAGCCCUCUCAUAAUACCCGAGCAGCACGGUUUUGUUAAGCGUAGAUCAACGGUAUCCAACUUGUUAUUAUACACCGACUUCCUUUUUGAAAACUUGGACCGUGGCAUCCAAGUGGAUGCCAUAUAUACUGAUUUCCAGAAAGCAUUUGAUAAAGUUGAUCACAAACUAUUACUCGAAAAGAUUGCCUAUAAUGGUAUUAGAGGGAACCUCCUCCGCUGGUUCUCUUCUUAUGUUUGCAACAGAUCGCAGAGAGUCGUCGUUAAUGGUUUUCAUUCUGAUCUAAUUCAUGUAACAUCGGGCGUUCCGCAGGGAUCUAUUUUAGGUCCGUUAUUAUUCCUUAUAUUUAUUAAUGAUAUUAAAAAUUGUUUCCGACAUUCCCAUUUUCUUUUAUACGCUGAUGACUUAAAAAUUUAUAAAAGCAUUCAUAGUGAUAUUGACUGUACUCUUCUUCAGAAUGAUCUAAACCACCUAACUCAUUAUUGUUAUAUAAAUAAACUCAAGCUUAGUAUUCCUAAAUGUCACGGUAUCAGUUUUACCAAAAAUAAAAACAAAAUUAUAUAUAAUUACAAACUUUGCGAUAACUCAUUGACUGCGGUGGACUAUCUGCGCGAUCUCGGUGUCAUCUUAGAUAGUAAAUUGCAUCUUGAUCUGCAUAUUGAUUCAAUUAUCUCCAGGGGGUUUCGAAUGUACAAAUUUGUAAUGAGAGCAACCACUGACUUUUCUCGUAUAUCUACUUAUCUCUAUUUAUAUACUACUCUGAUCCGACCACAGGUUGAAUAUGCUUGUGCAAUUUGGAACCCGCUUUACAAGAAAUAUUCUGAACAACUUGAAAUUAUCCAAGCUAGGUUUCUUAAGUCGGUACAUUAUAAAAUAUACAGAUAUAAAACACCAUACAACAACUUAUUAUCCAAGUUUGAAAUGUUAACACUACACAAUAGACGAAUGCUUCUUCAAUCUGUAACACUUUAUAGAAUCUGCCAUAACUUAAUAGACUGCCCAGACCUUGUUAAUGACAUUGGAUUUAACGUGCCUAUGAGAGUUCAUCGACGAGCGGCUCGAUCCUACCCGCUGUUUAGAACGGUGCGCUGCCGCACCAACGCCGGCAGGCGAGUACCUCUACGUCGUAUUCUCGCUCAAUACAAUGAUUCAUUUCAUUUUAUAGACAUAUUCAAUGUAUCUAGUUCUAAAUUUAAAAAAUCUAUUAUUCAAGCCCUAAGCUGAUUUAUUUUUUGUUUAAUUUAUAACAUAACCUAUUUCAACUCACUAGACGACAUUGUAAACUAAUACGUGGAUAAUGUGGUUGAUUGUACAUGUACUUAUGUGAAAAAAUCAUACACCUGUUGUUAAUAUAUCAUGUAUAAUUGUUUAUUAUCCCAUGAAAAUAAA